AUGUCUGUACCAAGAUUCCACAAAUCAAACUUUGGAACAUAUGAUAAUUACAUUCCAGUCAGUGAAUUAAGCAAGAAAUCAUGGAAUCAGCAGCACUUUUCAUUAAGAUUUCCCAAACCACCAAGACCUGGAAGAAAAAAGAGAUCAAAACCUUCACAACUAAGAGAUCAGAAUGUUCUUGAAAAAAAAGAAGAACAUUUAAAGAAAGGCCGUAAACGACCACUAUGGAUGUACCGUUCUUUAAUGACAAUUUCUGAGCGGCCAUCAGAAUAUUUGGCUGCCAGAAGGCAAACUUUACCAAAGGUCAGUCGAAAAAAGAAGAAGGAUAAAGCAAAACCUACAUCUUCAGAUAAAAUCACGAAAGCAAAGAUAGAGGCAGAACCCAAAAGAGAGUCGAAGAAAGAUAAGACUAUACCAGUAAAAGCAGAACCCACAAAAGAUGUUCCAGUAAAACAUACCCCAAAACAUAAAGAUACAGAGAAGGGCAAAGAUUCAGGGACAGAAUCAGAAGCAGAGACAAUUUCAAGGAGUGGUGCUAAAAGAGAAAAGAAAGGUUUAAUGAAAAAGGCAACAGGCAAGGAUUCAGCUUCAGAAUCAGAAGCUGAGAAAGCUGGUGCAAAGAAAGGUCCCAAAAAGGAGAAGGAAGGUGAAAAGAGAAAAGCAACCGGCAAAGAUUCAGGGAAAGAAUCUGAACUGGAGAAAGGGGACGCAAAGACAGCUAAGAAAGGUGCAAAGAAAGGCAAGGAUUCUGCUUCAGAAUCAGAAGCUGAGAAAGGGGAUGCCAAGACACAUAAAAGAGGAUCCAAAAAAGGCAAGGAAUCUGCUUCAGAAUUAGAAGCUCAGAAAGGGGAUGCAAAGACACAUAAGAGAGGAUCCAAAAAAGGCAUGGAUUCGGCUUCAGAAUCUGAAGCUGAGAAAGCUGGUGCAAAGAAAGGUUCCAAAAAGGAAAAGAAAGGUGCAAAGAAAGGCAAGGAUUCCGCUUCCGAAUCAGAGGCUGAGAAAGCAGGCUCAAAGAAAGGAUCCAAAAAGGAAAAGAAAGGAUCAAAGAAAGACAAGGAUUUAACUUUGGGAUCAGAAGCUGAGAAAGGUGAUGCAAAGAAAGAUAAAAACGUACCAAAGAAAGGCAAAGAUUUGGCUUCGGGAUCAGAAGCUGAGAAAGGAGAUGCAAAGAAAGGUCCCAAAAAAGAAAAGAAAGGUUCAAAGAAAAGCAAAGAUUUAGCUUCAGACUCAGAAGGUGAAAAGAAAGAACGAAAGAAAGAUGAUAAAAGUAAUGAAAAGAACAAGAAAGAGUUAAAGAAAGACCAGAAAAAGCAGGGGAGUAAAAAGGAAAAUAAAUCUGCUGCAGUCAGUGAAUCAAAGGUUGAUGUUGCCAAGAAAGAUGUUGAAAAAGAUGACAAGAAAGGUCCUACUAGUCCUGCUGUUGCAAAGAAGGGUUCAAAGAAAAAAAAGUAG